AUGACCAUUAUCAAUAGUCUAGAGUUCAACCAGGACUACUCUUGCGUGACUGUCUCCACUGAUGAAUACUACAAAAUUUACAAUUGUGACCCUUUUGGAGAGUUCUAUUCAUCCAGUGGAGUUAGAACCACAACAAGUGGUGGGGAAUACUCAUCCAAUUUGCUGCAAAAUCACCAAUACCAGAACCAAUUGCAACCUACAUCGUUCUUCAAAAUGCUAUUCUCUACCUCCCUUACAAUAAUAGUUCCGAAAAACCCUACUCCGACAGGCGGUCGCUUGCUAAAAUUGUACAACUUGAAACAGAAUUUGAAGAUAUGUGAACUUCUGUUUCCGUCGCGUAUUGUUGAUGUUAAGCUCAACAGGAAGAGGUUGUGUAUUAUAGUGGAGAGCGGCCAUAUCUAUAUCUACGAUUUGAGCUGUGUAAGACUAGUGAAAGUAUUGGAAAUUGAGCCUCCCGUACGCUCCAACCCCAGCCAUAGUCAGAGCCAAAACCACCGUCCAUCUGAUCCAUUAUCGCCGCCAUAUCCAUCUUCAUCUUCCACGUCUUCCUAUUCAUUUGUAGGUGACUUAUCAGCAGAUGACAAGUCAUACCUUGUGCUUCCACUCAGCGUCACCAAAUCACUGACAGAUUUGUUCAACAAGGACCGUAAGCUGAGCAAUCCCGGAUCUUCGUCUCCUUCAACGCCUCGUCUUGCGCCUGUCGAUGACAAUCUUUCCCGAAUCAUCGAGUUCACUCAUAAGUCGAAAAACUUGGACUUGCAGCCAAGUCAAUUGACUACUGUUGAAGAUUUGAACAAGCACUCGAAUGGUUGGGUGUUGGUCUACGAUACGAUCCACCUUAGGCCCAAACUUAUCUACAAAGCACAUGACUCGUCUAUAGCCAAGAUAUCUAUAUCGAAUGACGCCUCCAAGAUUGCAACCGCAUCUUCCAAGGGAACAAUUAUACGAACUUGCACGCUUAGUACAGGAGCAAGUGAAGACGACGACGAAGAAGAUAUGGUAAUGGACGAAUCAUUGAAAAGGUUAAGGAUAUCCCAUUUCACGAACCUUCGGAGGGGUCAUAACUUGACCAAGGUCACUUGCCUUUCGUUUUCUUUGGAUAAUAAUGUCCUUGGCUGUGCCUCAGACAGUGGGACUAUUCAUUUCUUCAAGCUCGACGAACCUGAUUCGUUACUGGAUCCAAGCUUAGACGAUGAUUCACUGACUGAGGGAAUGGCGAAAUCAUCUGACGACUUGAAUGACAACUUGGCAUCGUUGUUGAUUGAAGAGCAACAGAAAGAGCAGCAGGAACAGCAGCAGCGGCAACAACACCAGCAACAACAACAAUCGCAACACCUUCAGCAGGACUCCUCUCAAAGCAUGGACCACACCGUUCUGCACCUGUAUUUCCACAAUCUUAAAAAUAUGUCACUACUCAACAAUACCUACACAAAAUCGAUAUUGAAGAAAUUGCCCUACAAGGGCUAUCUUGAGAAUUUGUGGGAACCUCCUCGAAGGUCCUUUGCCUACGUAAAGAUCCCGGAGCCUGAAGGAUCUAAAGUAGAAAUAGGGUUUGUUAGCAGCAUGCAGGUAGUGCUAGCUAGUUACUCUACGGGGGAGUUCUACCACUACCAGCUACCAAAUAGAGAAAGAGAGAGAGAAGAAGCCAUUCUCGUAAGUGAGUAUAAAUUGACUUAA